AUGCAGGGGGGCAUGAGUUCAAGUCAACAACAAGAAAUGGAAGUGAAGCAGGUAAUAUUUGAGAUGGCCACUGACGACAGCAAUUAAGACAGAGACUAGUUUUUCUUCUGCAUGGACAAAUUUUCAGGUCAUGAGCUAAGAAAGGUUUCCACCUUACUGUUUUUCAGUUUCAAAAUUUUCUACAAUACUACAACAAGUUAACAGAGUUAUGCUUCACGGACUGCAUCCAUGACUUUACAAACAGGAAAAUUUCCGCUAACGAGGUGAGCUUCCAUGUUGAAGUAGAAAAGGCUCAAAGCAAAAAAUUGUCUUGUGAUAUUUGAGGGCUUAACUCGAUAAACUUUUAACUUAACUUUUGAUGAUAAUCACAGAGCAAAUGGGGAUGAGCUGAGCCACUGAGAGGGAAGAUUUUACUUUCAAAAUUAUAAACAAGAUUAUUAUUCGUUUUUGUUACAUGGAAAUUACCGGUAGGUUAGAAAAUGGAGUUUAAAGUUUGGAAAAAUAUGUGAGAGCAAGUUAUGCAGAGAAGAAUGAAUAGGCAACAAAAGUUGUUGUCAAAUGAAGACUGAUCCUCGCUUUCGUGAAUGCAAUUUAUGCAACUGCAUAAGAAGUCUGAAAUAAAUUCAGGACUUCAACAGGGUUUGAAGUCCCAAACCCCAUUGAAGUCCUGAAUUUUUUUCAGGCGUCUUAUGCAAUUCCAGAAAUUGCAUUCACAACCAGGGGUUUCGCUCCAGGCUAGACACUGGACACAACGUCUGGUUGUUUGACAUGUGACGUCCGGUAGUUCACACACGAAAUAAUUGUUUUUUUAAGUUUGAAAAUCGUUUUUUCAUUUUUCCAGCGGCGCAAACGGUGCACCUCUGCUAGCUGAACCAAUGCAUCUGGUACUUCCAAAUGCUACCAAAAACCCUGCACAACUGCGGGGAUCAUUCUUCAUUCGAUUUCAUUUCCAUAGUUCUUAUAUGAUCUAUUUCAUGUACAACUAUCACAAAAAUGUUGUAUUUAUGUUACUGUACAAUUCUUCUCCCCCAGAACAACUGCAGCAUGCAUUGUACUGAGAAGUUCUUGAAAGUCAUGCAGAGAGUUGGAGUUCGAAUACAGGAAGUACAAAUGAUGCAGAAUGAAGGAAUUUUUGGUGCUCCAGAUCCACCAAAAUAA